UCGACAGUUGCGUAAGAAAGCUCACACUCAACCGAGUCUUAAUCGCGCUGCUAUAUAUGUUACGACACUGCCAAAACUAGCCAGACGUACAACAUUAAUCUCUCGUUUAUCCACCUCGCCGAAUGGAAAUCGGUGGGUGGCGACGAGGCCGUGUCAUCGGCCGUGGCUCCUCCGCCACCGUCUCGCUCGCCACAGCUUUGGACUCCGGAGCGGUUUUCGCGGUCAAGUGCGCGGAGCUCGGUCGCUCUGCCAUCCUGCAGCGGGAGCAGAGGAUCCUGUCUUCCCUCCGUUCUCCUUACGUUGUAUCUUGCCUCGGGUUCGACAUCAGCUCACACGGGUCUACCGGCGGUCUCUACUAUAAUCUCUUCCUGGAGUAUGCUCCGAGGGGCUCGCUGUCGGACGAGAUCGGGAAGCAGGGAGGUCGGCUCGAUGAGGCCGCGAUUCGAUGCUACAGCUGUGAGAUCCUGAGAGGGUUGGUGUAUCUUCACUCGCAAGGCGUCGUCCACUGCGACGUCAAAGGCCGGAACGUCCUGGUUGGGACCGACGGGCACGCCAAGAUUGCCGACUUGGGGUGCGCGCGCUUGAUUGCUCAGGAGGAUGAAGAGGGGUUGAGGGGCACGCCCAUGUUCAUGGCUCCGGAGGUCGCCCGUGGAGAAGAGCAGGGUCCCCCGGCCGACGUGUGGGCGCUGGGCUGCACUAUCAUUGAGAUGGCCACCGGUGGCCCCGCUUGGCCGGGCGUCUCCGAUCCCAUCGCCGCGAUUCAUCGAGUUGCAUUCUCCCCGGACGUGCCGGCCUUUCCGAGCUGGCUCUCUGGGGAGGGAAAGGACUUCUUGAGCAAGUGCUUGAAGAGGGAUCCCAGGGAGCGGUGGACGGCGGAGCAGCUCCUCCAGCAUGAAUUCGUGGCUUCUUCGUCCAUAACUUCUCCGUCGAAGCCAGAUACAGAUCGCCGCUGGGUCUCCCCGAAGAGCACGCUCGACCUGGCAUUCUGGGAGUCACUGCCCGACCAAGACGAGGAACCAUCCCAACACCCAUUCUUUGAUCCGUCAGCAAGAAUCCAACAGCUUGUCAGCAGCAGCAGCCCUACUUGGACAUGGGACGACAACUGGGUGGCGGUCAGAAGCACCGACAAGGAACGCGGCGCCGCACCAAGUUGUCCUGCCACCGAGAGCAGCAGCAGAGACGAAUCACUCAAUAGCAUCAUGCUAAACGGUAAUUGUGUAAUCAAUAGCCAUAGUGAUUGUUAUAGUACAAGCUUUGCACAAGUAGCAGAGGAAGAAAUGCAGCAGUUUGUGAGCUGCAAACCAGAGGUUAUGUCUUCCAAAAUUGGUUAUGUUUCAGUAAGCUAUGGGCAGAAUGUCCGAUUCGAGAUUUCCUAUUGGAUCUGUUCAAUCGAUCUUUAUCCUUUUCGCUUUCUCUCUCUUAACGUCUUCAUUCCUCUCUGCACAUCGAAUGCAUCAAGAAUCCUGGAGCUUAAACAGAGCUAG